ACUACUGGGUCCAAAGGGGUGGUCACCUUAGGCCCUGACCGAGCCCUGGAGGUCAGGCCAUUUGGCGGGUCCUAGGUAACAUCGUGGUGGCUUGUUCGAUUUUGGCUGUUUGGAAGGCCGCGGGCCUGCGAGGGACUAGCCGGUGGCAGAGUCAGGUCUGGCGGGCGUCUUUCCUCCGCCCCGCCCGCCUCACUACACCCUCUAGUUCUCAGACUUUAUUCCCUGCUCCCCGUUGUCGCCCGUGAAUCCCUGGCUUCAGCACAUCUGUACUGCGUUUUUCUGAGAACAAAAUAUAGUGCAGUAAAAGUAAUGUGGAACUUUUUAAUUUGAAGAUCGGGCUUUCAGCUCCACAGAAGGGUCCUUGAUCUGAAUUUGACAGGUUGUUUUAAUCUGUCACUGAAUUUGUCACCCUAUUACUUCCUAAUCGGAUAUCAUCGAGUAAGAAUCUUGAUCAUUUUAUUUUAAACCCUGAACGAAGAAGAUGCAUCUGGGUUUGACUUUUUAAAUUAAAUAUACCAAGGAAGUUUUGUAUGUGAUUUAUUUUAUCUAGAACUUAAAAAGUUCAGAAUUUAUAUGAAGGACUAUGGAAAAAGAAAGACUUCUUGUGGGAAGUCAGUGAGAUUUGUGCUAAAAUAUUAUUAUAUCUGAUAUAAAUACAAGCGAUCCAUACUUUAUGUAGGUUCCAUACUUUAUGUAGGUAUUUGUUACCUGUUUAAUGAAUUGUUAUAUGAUCACUUUUGUGUUGCGAGGUUCAGAAAAUAGCUUGAGAAUAAAGAAAAAAGUGGAAACUCCAAGGGAACUAAUAUAACACGAAGUAAGUCCGAUGAGGUCACUCAAUAGACUCCAAAAAGUUGGAUGGACCUUAGAAAUUCUUUGUACAAUCCUUACAUUUUACAAUGAAAUUACAUGCCUAGAGAAGUUACUGGUCAUAAGUGAUAGAUUUAAGCUUGAGUUUCAUGAUCCUGCCCCUAGUAAACAAUAUUUAAUACCACAGUAGAUUUGUAUAUUCUUAAAUUUGUGGAAUUUAGUAGAACAAAAUUAGUAUCUUAGGUGUAUGACUAAUUCUGGAUCUUCUCAGAAUCUAUUCUAGGCAGAAUCAAAUGACAGGGCUUUAAUUAAAUUUAAUACUAUUGCUAUUUCUCAAUACUUGCUGUAUAGAAGUGGAAUUUAAAUGUUAGUUAAACAAAGUCCUUAACCUUAAGUUCAUGAUCUUUAAGCAUCAGAAACAAAGUUCAUGGUAAAACAAGACAAAAUAUAGCACCAAAAAGAACAAAGGAGAAAGAUCUAAUUGGGAGGAUCAAGAAAGAAUGAAAGGGAGAACAUUCUGAGAAUAGUCUUGAAAGAUUUGUUAAGAUUUCAAAAAGUGCAGUUUGGAGACUGAUAAAUUAUAUUUUUAAAAUAACAUUUUCAUUUUCUUAAUUUUGAUUAAGGCUUAUGUGCUGUGUAACUCUUUAAGCUGAUAUUAAUUUGUAAAUUAAUAUUGCAGCUAAGCAGAAUAAACAUCUGCCGGAAGCUUUCUUCCAUCUCCAGGAAUGGGUGAAUUAUGACCCUCCUGUAUACUCAAGAUCUUGAUGAAAACAAUAAAGCAGACAUAAUUCAUCCCUAGAAAGAUUAUAUCCUAGCAUUUGAAAUGCUUUUUACUUAGAAUAGUAGUUAAAAUGGAAAAAACAAAAAUAAAUGAUGAAGGAAAACCAGACCCAGAGAAUUCUUUGGACUUUUCUGAACACUUUAAUCAACUUGAAUUGUUGGAAACACAUGGACACCUUAUUCCCACUGGUACCCAAAGUCUCUGGGUAGGCAAUUCUGAUGAAGAUGAAGAGCAAGAUGAAAAAAAUGAAGAGUGGUAUCAAUUACAAGAAAAAAAAAUGGAGAAAGAUCCAAGCAAAUUGCUGCUUUGGGCUGCUGAAAAAAAUCGGCUUACUACAGUGCAGAGACUACUUUCUGAGAAAGCCACUCAAGUAAACACUAGAGAUGAGGAUGAGUAUACCCCUCUUCAUCGAGCAGCCUACAGUGGACAUUUAGAUAUUGUCCGUGAACUGGUUGCGCAAGGGGCAGAUGUGCAUGCAGUAACUGUGGAUGGCUGGACACCUCUGCAUAGUGCUUGUAAGUGGAACAAUACCAGAGUGGCUUCUUUCUUACUUCAGCACGAUGCAGAUGUCAAUGCUCAAACAAAAGGCCUUCUGACUCCCUUGCAUCUUGCUGCUGGAAACAGAGACAGCAAAGAGACCCUAGAACUCCUCCUAAUGAACCGUUAUAUCAAACCAGAUUUGAAGAACAACUUAGAAGAAACUGCAUUUGAUAUUGCCAGGAGGACAAGUAUCUAUCACUACCUCUUUGAAAUUGUGGAAGGCUGUACAAAUUCUUCACCUCAGUCUUAAUAGUUCUAGUAAUUUUCUUAAGUUUGUGAGUACCAGUGCCUCCUUUGUGUGUGACGUAAAAUAUUCCCAUUAUACAAAGUUGACAUCAAAAGUCUUACUACAAAAAUUCAGUGCUACUCAGUAUAAUGUUCUUCCUAGUGAAUCGCCUGAUCUUGAUGUCAAAAUAUAUUUGAGAGUUGUUUAGAUAUAUCUUUAAUGAUUUCUGUGGAGUUGUGAUUUUUAUGAGGAAUAAUUUUAACUUACCUUUACUUAAAAACUUGACACGGGUAGAACAGAAACUAAAGAUAUUUUUGGUGCUGAUCCAAGAGAAAUGUAUUUUUAAAUACCCCAUAUCCUGGAUCUUUGUUGAGUAUUUAAUAUAUUAACAUGUAUUUUUAUAAAGUUAGGUGACUCCAAAUUUAAUUUAAAAGUCUUAAAUAUAUUGGUGCAGCUCAGCUGUCUACAUUAUCAUAAUCAAUUGCUUUCACUGUAAACCAGAAAAAGUAACAUACUAGUGACUUUAAAAAAUACAAUUAAAAAAAGCCUAGAUUUUUGCUUUAUAUAACAGAAAAUUUUGAAAAGUAGUUAGCUGGGCAUUUAGUCCAUGAAUUUUACAUACUUCCUCCCCUGCCACAGUUCACAAAACCCUAUGCACAGUCCUACCUCACCCUGGUUAACCUACAUAAUCCUUAUUAUGGUGAGUCAGUAUGACCUUUUAGAGAUGCACACAACUAUCCCUUGGUCCAGGAGAUCAUAAUAUAUCUGCUACCCAACUGGUUUUACUUGCCUAAUCCUGCUGGGUCAGCCUCUGCUCAUAAAAUCUCUUUGAGUUCACCAAAAAUAUCAAUUUUCCAAGGUCCUCAGUUUAUUCAAACCAUUACAAGGGCAAAGUGACAAGGGUAAGGAAUUCUAAGAGUAAGGGGAUUAUAAUUAUAUUGGGACUAGAACCACCAAGUGGCUCAGGUUUAAAAAAAAAAAAAAAAAAACACAUAGUGUGGAUAGUGAUAAACAAAUAUUCAAGAAAAAUAAAGUGCAAGUUUGACAAGAAGAAAGGCGUGAGUUCUUUUUUAACAUGUAUAUUUUGUUUGACUUAUAGCAUAUUUAUUCAAACAGCAUAUGCAACUCUCUCCAUGUAUUCAGCAGUUUCCCAUUGAAUACCUAGCUCCUUUGACUAUUCCCAAAGGAUCUUCUCUUAACCUCUCAACACUGGAACUAAUGUUGUAGGGAAAGGAAACAACCAGCUAUGCUUUUCUUCAGUAUAUUUUUUAAAUGCCUACCAAAUUUUGUCUCUUGAGCCAGCCCACAUGACUCAACCACCCUAGACUAUGCAAUAAUAUUUAUUAAUCAAAUAUAUGUGGCAGGAUUUUGUUUAGAACAAAAUUGGAUCAUCUCAGAAAGUUAAAGAUAAUAAAUUAACAGAGUCAUUGUAACAGAUUCUCAAGAGUUAUAAAACUUCAAUUAUUUUGUGAUCUCUGGCCUUGGUUUUAAAGUAUCAAUACCUAAUACAAAUAUUUGUGCAGAAAACAAGAGAUUGCUUUCUUUCCAUUUUUUCUGGUCCAAGUAAGUGACACCAAAUGAUAAGUACAGCUGACAGACAGUGAUGGUAGAGUAGGACCCCAUCUAUACCAGUAGACUGCUGAAUGAGGCUGCCUGAUUAUCUGAA